CAUUCGUAAAAUAAUCUUGCAUUUCUUGCGUAAAAUAGUAAAAAGUAGACAUUUAUCGAGCUAUGUCCAACGCUCUCGGUCGUGUUUUCGUCUACGGAGGCAAGGGGGCCCUCGGCUCUGCUUGUGUAACACAAUUUAAAGCAAAAAAUUGGUGGGUUGGAAGUAUUGAUAUGAAAGCUAAUGAAGCUGCUGAUGCUAAUGUCAUAGUCAAUGGUGAUCACAGCUGGAAAGAACAAGAAACAAGUAUUCUUGCUCAAGUGAAGGAUAUUCUCAAGGAGGAAAAAGUUGAUGGCAUUAUUUGUGUUGCUGGAGGCUGGGCUGGUGGCAAUGCCAGUCAUAAAGACUUCCUUUCUAAUACUGAAUUGAUGUGGAAACAAAGUGUGUGGAGUUCUACUAUUGCUGCUAGUAUUGCUGCUCAUUAUUUAAAAGAAGGUGGAUUUUUAUCCUUGACUGGAGCCAAAGCUGCGCUUGAAGGAACUCCUGGAAUGAUCGGAUAUGGAAUGGCAAAAGCAGCUGUUCAUCAACUAACACAAUCGCUUGCUAGUAAAAGCAGUGGUCUUCCUAAUAAUUCUUUGGUUGCUGCCAUUCUUCCAGUAACUCUUGAUACCCCGAUGAAUCGUAAAUGGAUGGCCGAUGCUGAUACUAGUAGCUGGACUCCCCUUGAUUUCGUAGCUGAUCUUUUCUGGAAAUGGUCACAGAAUCAGGAACGACCAAAAAAUGGAAGUCUCUUACAAUUGAUUACUAAGGACAAUAAAACUCAAGUGAUUCCAGUCUAAACCAAUACCGAAAUGUUUUCAAAUAUUAUUAAAUAUUUACUGAGCACACUAUGGCGGCAUUUAAACAAUGAAAAAGAGGUGAAAUUGAUGAAUUAUAUUUUCUAAUAAUACUGAAGUUCAAAUGGUUGUAUAAAAUAUU